AUGAGUUUCGCGCUGAACGUGACAGCAUCGACGACACACAGCGACGCGCGCUAUUUCGACGGUAGCUGGCUGGCUGUCGGCGAGAACCUGCGCACGCAGCGCUGGAAGAACGUGGUGAACAUCGACCGCAUGUUGCGAAGCCACCGCCCGCACGAAGUGCUCACUCACGUGGAGCAGAACUCCAACUGGUGCGCCAAGACGUUCACGCUGGCGCUCAAAGUGGAGCGCAUAAUCUUCGAGGCCGCAGCCUCACGAGAGAGCUACCUCAACGAGAAUACGCUGCGCGCUCGCGUGACGCUGGUAUCACGUCGACUCGUCGACCUGCCCAAGCGCAAGAAUAUGAUCAAAUUCGGCAUCCGUUCGCCACGCCAGUUCAUACGUCAGCGACAUUGA